UGGCCGGGCGCUAGCGGCAGGAGGAGGAGCUGCGCUGUAGCCACGGGCUAGGUCGGCACCGCGGGAAGCUGCCGAGGACUGCACGGGCUGUUGCUGGUCCCCGCGUGAAAGACGCGCGGGCAGCCCCGGAGUCAUGGAGCCUAGUGACGCGGCGCACCCCGGUCCAGGGAGGGCUGUUUGGACGCUGGCGCCGCGGCUGCUGCUGCUGCCACUGUUGCCAGUGCUGCUGGGUCGGGGGCUGCGGCUCGGGGCCGCGGCCUCCUCCUCUGGGGCGGCGGCUGAGGACAGCAGCGCCAUGGAGGAGCUCGCCACCGAGAAGGAGGCGGAGGAGAGCCACCGGCAGGACAGCGUGAGCCUGCUCACCUUCAUCCUGCUGCUCACCCUCACCAUCCUCACCAUCUGGCUCUUCAAGCACCGCCGGGUGCGCUUCCUGCACGAGACCGGGCUGGCCAUGAUCUAUGGGCUCAUUGUUGGAGUGAUCCUGAGGUAUGGCACCCCUGCUACCAGCGGACAUGACAAGUCACUCAGCUGUACUCAGGAAGAUAGAGCCUUUAGCACCUUAUUAGUGAAUGUCAGUGGCAAGUUCUUUGAAUACACUUUGAAAGGAGAAAUCAGCCCUGGCAAGAUCAAUAAUGUGGAGCAGAAUGACAUGCUGCGGAAGGUAACAUUUGAUCCAGAGGUAUUUUUCAACAUUCUGCUGCCUCCAAUUAUUUUCCAUGCUGGAUACAGUUUAAAGAAGAGACACUUUUUCAGAAAUCUUGGAUCAAUUCUGGCCUACGCCUUCUUUGGGACAGCGGUUUCCUGCUUCAUUAUUGGAAAUCUUAUGUAUGGGGUGGUGAAACUCAUGAAGAUUGUGGGCCAGCUCUCUGAUAAAUUUUACUACACGGAUUGUCUCUUUUUUGGAGCAAUUAUCUCUGCCACUGACCCAGUGACUGUGUUGGCAAUCUUUAAUGAGCUGCAUGCAGAUGUGGAUCUUUAUGCUCUUCUGUUUGGAGAGAGUGUCCUGAAUGAUGCUGUUGCCAUUGUACUGUCCUCGUCUAUUGUUGCCUAUCAGCCAGCAGGACUAAAUACUCACGCUUUUGAUGCUGCUGCCUUUUUUAAGUCAGUUGGCAUUUUUCUAGGUAUAUUUAGUGGCUCUUUUACGAUGGGAGCCGUAACUGGUGUUGUGACUGCUUUAGUGACCAAGUUUACUAAGCUGCACUGCUUCCCCCUGCUGGAGACAGCGCUCUUUUUCCUGAUGUCCUGGAGCACGUUUCUUUUGGCUGAAGCCUGUGGAUUUACAGGUGUUGUAGCUGUUCUUUUCUGUGGGAUUACACAGGCUCAUUAUACAUACAACAAUCUGUCAGUAGAAUCAAGAAGUCGAAGCAAGCAGCUUUUUGAGGUGUUACACUUUCUGGCAGAGAACUUCAUCUUCUCCUAUAUGGGCCUAGCACUGUUCACCUUCCAGAAGCAUGUUUUCAGCCCCAUUUUCAUCAUUGGUGCUUUUGUUGCCAUCUUCCUGGGCAGAGCUGCGCAUAUCUACCCUCUCUCCUUCUUCCUCAACCUGGGCAGAAGGCACAAGAUUGGUUGGAAUUUUCAACACAUGAUGAUGUUUUCAGGCCUGAGGGGAGCAAUGGCAUUUGCACUUGCCAUCCGUGACACGGCAUCCUAUGCCCGCCAGAUGAUGUUCACAACCACGCUGCUCAUUGUCUUCUUCACUGUAUGGGUCAUCGGUGGAGGUACCACACCAAUGCUGUCAUGGCUCAAUAUAAGAGUUGGUGUUGACCCAGAUCAAGACCCACCACCUAACAACGACAGCUUUCAAGUCUUACAAGGGGAUGGCCUGGAUUCUGCUGGAGGAAGCCGGACAAAGCAGGAGAGUGCAUGGAUAUUCAGGCUGUGGUACGGCUUUGAUCACAAUUACUUGAAGCCCAUUCUCACCCACAGUGGUCCCCCGCUAAGCACCACUCUCCCAGCCUGGUGUGGCUUGCUAGCUCGAUGUCUGACCAGUCCCCAGGUGUAUGAUAAUCAAGAGCCGCUGAGAGAAGAUGACUCUGAUUUCAUCCUGACGGAGGGUGACCUCACUUUGACCUACGGAGACAGCACUGUGACAGCAAAUGGCUCCUCGAGCUCCUACACAGCCUCCACAAGUCUUGAGGGUGGUCGGAGAACAAAAAGCAGCUCGGAGGAAGUGUUUGAACGAGACCUGGGAAUGGGAGAUCACAAGGUUUCCAGUCGGGGAACCCCCCUUGUGUUUCCACUACAGGAAAAUGCAUGACUUCACCCUAAGUCCUGAAGGAUCAGGGAGGCUCUCAUGAGGAUGAGGAUGAGGAUGGCCGAAUGCCCCAGUGUGUUUGAGCUGUGACAUUGACUGGGUUAAACUAAUGCUUCUAUUUCAUUGGGCCCUGAAACUAUCAUCACUUAAAACUUAACCCAAAACUCGGAUGCUGGAGCUAAAACUUCUCUAAAUUAAGACAAAUGCAGACCUAUUCCCACUUUUUCACAUAGUAGUACACUGUUGCAGAGUUCAACAAAGUAAUAGCAUGCUUUAAUGGUUUCUCACUUCACUUCCUGCAGCAUCUGACAAUGGUGGGGCAGAUGUGGGGCAGAUACGGGGCUGUAGUGCCAGUCUCGCUGGCCUUAAGGAACAUUAAGUUGGGAGGACAAGUUAGACAAAAAGACGGUGAAGAAAGGAAACUGAAAUCAGACUCAGUGGUGCUAGAUGCUGGUGUUACACCAGCCAGUAGAGCCCCUGGCUCUGAAGACUUACACAGCUGCAUCCUCUUGUCAGAGUCCUAGCUGUUCCGUCUGUGUUGCUCCUAGACUGAAGAUUAGGAAGCAUGUCCAUAGGCUGGGGCAUUAGCUCAAUGACAGAAUGCUAGAGUGCUUGCCUAUAGUGCACAAGACCCUGGCUUCCAUCCCCACACUCAAAAAGUGUGUGUGUGUGUGGUGGGGAGGUUCCAAGAGCAUUUCAGUAUGGGGAAAAGAAGUCUAGUUCCUUCUCUGGAAAUCUUUAUAAAAGAGUUACUGAAAUGUUUAAAACUAAAGGCAAAUCAUGUUCUGUUCUUUUUUAAUUAAUAUGAGGACAGGAGGUGUUGAACCUGCUGACGAUAGCGCUGCAAUGCUCACUUGACUUUGGAGGCUACUAUGUGAGCCCACUGCCUGGAGGGUCACUGCUAGACUGAGGUAUAUCCACCACACGGUUUGAGAUAACAUGGAUACUGUUGUUAUCUAGAGAAGAGAAGGCAGGAAGAAACGCAAGAGGCCACAGACUGUGGUUAGAGGAAAGAAAUUUCAUUGUGAAUAAUAACCUGCAAAGAAAAGAUAGAAAUCUUCAUUAUUAUUUUACAUAAAUUUCAUUUUGAAACAUCCAAAAGAGGUAAUUCCAAAAUCACACUCAACGGAAUAUAGAACUUGAUUUGUUAUAAAUUAUAUAAAUGUAUAUGUUCAAGUAAAGGCUGAGUUUCCAAAGCCACCUAUCUUUAGGACAAAAACUUCAAUAUUUUUUAAUAAUUCCUUUCCCAUUGCUACUAUUUUCAAUACCUAGAAGAUGAAAAUCAUUCUGAUGCUUUUAUUUUGAUCUGAACUUUUGUUGCUAAAGGUAAAUAUCCAAAGCCCUUUAAAUGAUUUAACAUUUCUGCUCUUCCAGGGAAGACAGGGAACUCCAGAAAAAAAAAUCAGACUUCUUAAAACUAUUAGAUGACUGGCAUUCUGACCUCUGAGCACGCCUUUCUUUGUGUAGUCUGCUAACUGCAGGAAUCAAAGCUGACUCAUCUCUGUGUGUGAGAGGUGGUAUCGGUAAAGGAAUAUCCCUGGAACAACCUUCUCGUAGUUUAGGUCUUACUGCCAUGCUCUAUUCUGACCUUUGAACCUUUUCUUCCAGACAGCCUGAUUUGGUUUCCUUUCUUCAGGAAUUAUCUUUGGCAUACUUAACUACGUUCAGAUAUAGAGGAUUAUGUCUGGCUCAAGUCUGAAGUAGAAGGUGAGGAGGGCGAGACUUUAGGCAGAUCCAUCAGGCAAACCGGAGAACUUCUGGACAGGCUAUAAGGCUUACUUUGCUGUGGCCAAUGACCGUGCCCCAGGAUUGUCCAAAUCAGACAAUCAAAGGUCAAAGGUAGUCCUAUUUUUAAAAUGUUACUUUAAUCAACUGGCUCUUUCUUCAUGGGAUGCCUUUUCCUCCAAUCCCAGAUGAAAACUGCCUUCUUCAUCUAAAACUGAUUUUCUUGGUGGUGAAGUAGUACCAGCAUCACAUGCUGUCGUGUGUAACUGCUGGAAUGCUGCUCUUUUCAUCAGUUCUUUACGUUGCUGAAUCUGUAACUCCAGUAUCUUGAGUUUUUGAAAGUUCACAGUCUUGUCGUGAGGUUACAUCUUCAUCAUUCAGAUCUUCUCAGUGUAUCUUGUAUAACUCGGUUAUCAAGUUUUCAAUGUGAUUUCAAUAUUCUCUACUGCUUUCUUGUAUUAUUUUAAGCUGUUCUUAAGGUUUUACAGGGGAGGUCCCACAUGUUGGCCCUGCUCAGCUCUCCAGUGUGAUCUCCUCUGUCUGAGGUAACAGUUUCUGUAUCAUCUGCCAUGUUUUGUGUUUCCUUUGUGUGUGUGUAUGGGGGGGGGGAGAAAUUCAGCAUUUUCCAUUAGAAUUUGUUCCUGAUGAUCAAUUUAUAAUCAUCAAGCAGUUUCCUUUUUGUUCCUGGAUUCUGUUUUGCCCACUCACUGGGAGCCUGUGUAUGCAGAAUUUAUAAUAGCUGCAGUUGGUUUUCCUGUUCAUAACAAGUUGAUGGUUUCAUGCUCUUGUUCUUUUUGUGUUGUGGUUGUACUGAGUAGCUUAGCCUGCAACAUUAGUUUGAAAAUUCUAUACCUCAUCUUUCUCAUAUUUUAGGAGAUUCUUAUUCUUGCAUAAUAAACCCCUCUCUCCUGAAGUCUAGACUUCUCUCCUGGGAGAUUCUAGUUGUUCCCUGAGUUGCUUAGCAGGCCUGCAGAGGCCCAUAGCACUUUCCAGUUUCAGAUUAUGUGUUUUCACAUUUUUCUAAGCUGAAAGGUUCUUCCUGUGAAGUACAAGCAGCUUACCCAGAGUUUAAAACAACCUAUACUUAAUUAUCCGUCUUUUUAUUCUUAGAUUUUUCGUAUAAUAAAUGAAACUAAAAGUAGUCAAUUCUUGAUCAACAUGUAGAAUAUUUUAGUCAAUAUUCUCUUCUGUGCAUACUUGGUAAGAAAGGCAUUUGGCAUUGAUAAUAUAUUUGAUUGAGAUAUCUUUAUUUCCAAGGUAUACUGAGAGAUAUUUUUGCCUUCUGCCAUCAGACCUGGAACUAUUCCAUUCAUCCAGUUUCCAGAGUCAGGGUACCCAAGGAGCCCAUUACAGCAAUGAAAGUCUUAGAGCACCUGCUUGUCAUACAAACAUCUCCAUCAAGGCCCCAGAGCUGCAGAGUCAAUACCGUCUUCUUUAGCAGUCCUAUAGGCAGCACAGGCACUAAAGGAAACAGGAAGGAGCUGCCUGCUCUUACUGCACUGUUGACUCCUGCUCUACUCAGUGAGGCCAGCUGUGCUCCAUAGAAAGAAGUCUUAAGACUUAGAACUUCCAACAUUGAACUGAUGCAUGCUGCAAUAUUAGUGGCUACAUGAGGAAUCAGAAGCAAAGCAAUGGAACAUAAUCCAGAAAAUGCUGUCGUCUAUAAGUUUAGGAAUUCAUGUGUCUCUUGAGUACUAUGCAAAGAGAUAUUUUGUUUUUGGUGGAGAGGCUACUGCACCAGCUUAAUAUGGACAUGCUUUGAAAUAUGGCAUUUCAGUUUCAAUUUUUUUCUGGAUGAGCUAUCCUAAUUUACCUACUCUUAAAGUAGGUAAAAUACUGAAAGAAAUCUUAGAGUUUCUUUCCAUGUCUUACAGUGCUAGCAGUUUUGGUAACUCCAUUUUUAAAAGAUGUUUUUAUAAUGUGGUGGUUUUUCUCCUCACUCCAUACAAAUUAGUGUCCACAAGCACUAGGCCAUCAACCUUAGUAACCUUAUUAACAUCCCAGUCUUAGCAUAAUCCUGCUGUAUUCCUCUUAAAGUCUCUUAUAAUCUUCAUUAUUUUGAAAAGUAGCCCUGAUCUUUGCUUGCAAAAUGUGGAGACUAACCCUGACUUCCCAACAGUUCUCAAAGAUGAAGCUACCUGGGUUGGAGAGAUGGCUCAGUGGUCAUAAGCACUGAUUGCUCUUUCAAAGGUCCUGAGUUCAAUUCCCAGCAACCACAUGAUGGCUCACAACCAUCUGCAAUGACAUUUAGUGCCCUCUUCUGGCCUGCAAGCAUACAUGUAGGCAAAGAACUGUAUACAUAAUAAAUAAAUAAAAUCUUAAAAAAAAGAUGAAGCUACCUAUAGAAGUUUUGCAUUUAAGUGUUGUCCCCAGGCUGAAUGGAAAAAAGUAGGGGUGCCACAAAGCCCUGAAACUGCCUGCUUCAAAGGCAGCUAUCUGGAAACGAGACUGGAAUUGCUGAGUAAUGGUCAGGUUUAUCUCAGAAAGUAAUCCAAGUCAUCUUCCAAACCUGUUCAUUCUGAGUUGAGGGAGAUGACAGCUCUGAGGACUGGAAUAUUCUAGAUCAGGCAUUCUGAACUCAGACUGCUGUUACCUUUGUCUGAUCUUGAAUUUAAAAAAUGCAGGGCCACAGGUUUGGAUUAGCUGUAGAGAACUUCCUAGUAUGCCAAGGCCCUGGGUUCUAUUCCCAGGUACGAAAAUAAAAAGGCCAGUUAAAGGCAUAAUACCCUCAAGAUUUGGAUUCUGCAGCUUCAGGGUGGGGUCUGGCAUGUGUGGUUUGUUUUGAAAGUUCUAGGAUGCCUCCUGUAUAGAAGGUUGAGCCUUUUGCAUGUUUGCAAGGAACCCUUUAAAAGCUUAGUUAAAGGAAUGUUUGCUUAAUAAUUGUUAGUGACAAAACCGAAACUGAUUGCUAAUACUGACUAGGCCUCUGGAAAACGGUCCUGCUCAUUUGGCAGAAUUCAGGGUUGUCUUCCACAUGAAAACAAAGACUUGAAGGAGAGCUGAGAGUGACUUGAGUAUGUGUGUAGAAGAAUUUCACACUUGUCAUCUUUAUUAGCACUUGUGAUUGGGCAAGGGAGUUUUUGUCUUUGAUCUGCUGAGUAGUUCAACACAAAAGGAUUCUGGGAAGCUGUCCUUUCAAUUCAGUAUGGAAUCAAUAGUUCCUUUUUGUGGUCAAACUUUGUCUUGUUGGUCCACAUGCCUUGUCCACAGAAUACGGGUCGGCCCAUUUACUGCCAGCAGCAUGGGCAAAGGUUGUGGUUACUCUGUUGUCACAUGUCAGCAGUGGUACAGCUCUGAUAGAAGAGUUUUCAUAAUGCUCCCAUGGGAACAACCUGGAAAGCCUAAGCUUUCCUAGAGAAGGAAUUUUGGAACUUAAAAGCAUGUGUGUUUCUUCCUACCAACCCUGUAGAAAGGGCAUACCAACUCUGUCAUCCAGGGUACUUCUUAGAGUGACCAUGAUGCCCUGGAGCCAAACAAAUCAUGUUAUGAUAUCAAACGUCUCGUCAAGCAAACAGCAAGGUACACUCUGGGUUGGAUCCUCUAGACCUCUAACCUUGUGCUCUAACCUUGUGGUCUAACCUUGUGGUUCCAUAGAAAAAUAAGAUCUCUUUUGAUUUAAAAGGGAAAAAAGGUUAUCUCAUCUGUAUGAGAGCAGUUUCAUCUAGAGCAAAGACCAGUCCCUUCCAAAACAAAGAUCUGCUUCCCAUUGCCCUCCACCGUCUCUCCCUUGCCUUGUCUCCAGUACAAGUGAAUGUAAUCAUGUCAGAUAGUUAAUGUGAACCAUUGAUUCUCUGGUACAGAAACACCACUGAGAUCAGAGGACAAUUGAGCAACUCAUCAGAGGUGCAGAACAUCCUCUUGUAACCUGCCAUGUUCCCUCUAUGAGUUCGAAGAAAACUCACAGUAGCCCAGAGAUGACAUGACCAUUCAUCUAAAAUGUCAUCUGCAGAGAGGUGCUUGAGAGCCUCACUCCUGCAUUUUGAUGUUGACUCUUAAGAUAGGGCAGGCCCUCUCCUGUGUGUUGAGUUUGAGCUCUUCAGUUGUUUUUUUUUUUUUUAAAGUGACUUUGCUUUGCCAGCAUCAGCUGCUGUGUUCUAAGGCAGUAAGUUGAAUGAAACUCGUGGCCAAGAGUUUACUUUAGAAGCAACAUAUCUAACAGCUGAAAUGACUUAACCCCCUUUUGAAAACCUAGUUUGACAGUCCAUAGAAAAGUAUCAUAGGAAUGAAUGUGGUUGCAUCAAACAGAAAAGCAUUUUCUGACGAUUCUUUCAAAAUAGGACCAAAAACCAAACUUUAUCCUCCUUUCAGUUUUCAUACACAUUUGUCAGAUUAGCAGAUAUCUCUUAUUACUAACUGCUGGCAAAUUAUAAAGAGCAAAACUAAAGUUUUUUAAUGUUCAUUUUCUAUUCCUAAGCAGGGCAUGCUAUAGCUGUGGCCCAUUUGAAACAUGUGGGCAGCAAGCCUUGGGGAACAUUAAAAGGAGGGUCUAUCUGUUGUGCUGCUUUUCGAGAAGGCCUAAAAUAGGUAUGAGAACACACAUCAUCAUUAAAAGGGCACAAGAGAAUCUCUAAAUGUCCCGGUCUACCUUCAACUCUUAGCCAGUGGGACAUGUUUCUGACUAUAUAUGCUGUAUAUGCUGAAGAAACUGAACCGGCAAAAGAAGUGACUAGCAUGAGGCACUGAGGGUUUUCUACUGAAAGCACUUUCAGAAAGUGGCCAUCCUGGCCUUUGUGGAUAGGUCCAUGCAAGGGCAGAUGGGGGCUCAUUAUGAUCAUUCUACUUGCAGGCCGUGGAAGAACAGAGGAUCGAUGCUUUUCCGUUUUGUGGGUAUUCAAUCUGUGGAUAUAUGUUAGUGCUGGAAGCGCUUUAUUUAAAAUAUAACUUCACAGUAGGGCCAUUUCCUUCUAGCCUUUCUUUUCUAACCUGAAUCCACCUGAUCCUUCUUUUUUGGCAUGUUUUACUAUGCCCACUAUGAUAAUGAAAUGAGAGACCACAAAGAUUCAGUUGCUGGAAAGCAAUUUUCAAAGCAGAAUAGGGGGAUUCAACUUGCAAUGAUGGGACUUUCUGGUGAACUUUUUCUAGAGGGCUGACAGUGUAUUUGGGAGAAUUUUAUAGAAAAUGACAUCAAAGUGUUUUAACUGUGAACAUUACAGACUAGGAAUUAUCUGCUACAUUUCUGUGCAAUUGGGAAAACUGCAGUAGGAACCCUAAAGUGCUCUCUCCUCCUCACCUUUUACUUAAUGCUCACCUUUGGAUAGCUGUUUAGAUUGCUAUUUAUUGUAAAUUUAUUGUAAACCUAGCCUUGUGGUUUCCUGUCCUUUACUAAUAUUUAACAUGUUGUUUUUCUCUAAGCUUUUUUUUUUUUUUUUUACAAAAUUGAAAAUAAAAAGAUGCGCUGGCCGA